AUGGGCACCAUUAGCUUUGGAUAUCCUUCGGUCAUUGUUGCAUCAACGCUCGCAAAGACCCCCUUUCUAAAAUAUAUGGGCCUAGGGGACGAUAAUGGCAUCUCUGCAGGCAAGGAAGGGCUGGCUGGAACCAUUACAGGCCUCUUCCAGGUUGGUGCUGUUAUAGGCAUCUUUUGUGGCUGUGAGAUCUCAGAUAGAUUUGGACGCAGAAGCGCACUGCUUUACUGCUCCAUUAUAUCUAUCAUUGGCGGCAUUGGUGUGACUGCCGCACAGAACAUGGCCAUGCUGCUCGUAUUUCGCUUCUUCGCCGGUGCCGGUAGCUUUGCGUUUCUUGCACUGACGCCAGGAUACGUUUCCGAAUUGGCUGCACCCAACAUGCGUGGUUUUCUCGGCGGUCUUUGUGGUGUGUUUAUCGGACUCGGAUACUGCAGUGGCGGUUUUAUGGGACUCGCCUUUUACUAUGCCGAGAAUGAAACCUUGCAAUGGCGCGGACCUCUGGGUAUAGGAAUCCUUUGGCCUCUGAUCAUGCUGCUCAUUUGUCCAUUCGUCCCCGAGUCGCCGCGUUACCUGUUGAUGAAGGGCAGGUCCGAUGAGGCCUGGGAUGUAGUGUCCCGACUUCGUGCUAGUCGGAGCGGCGAAGCACAGGCGUUUGCGCUGGCCGAGUUCUCUCAGAUGAAGCAGCAGGCUGACUUCGACCGGGCCCUGGACGGCUCAUGGCUGCAGCUGAUCCGAAAGCCCUCGUAUAGGAAGCGUCUGUUGCUGGCAUCUGGCAUUUCCUUUCUUGGCCAGAGUACCGCGGUUCUGGUGUUGAAUAACUACGGGCCAAUCUUCUAUGCGGCACUCGGGUUUGGAACGCGCAACCAGCUUAUUCUUGCAGCUGGGCGAGACGUCAUUGCUUUCCUCGGCAAUAUUGUCGGCGCUGCAGUUCUAGACAAUAUCGGCAGACGGCCCAUGCUGCUUACCGGGUUCGCAGGCUGUCUCAUCACCCUCUGCGUUUUCGCAGCAGCGGUCGCCGAGUUUCAAAAGAAUAAUGCCAUGGGGACUUUGGGCGUGGGAAUGACCGCGCUCUUCGUGUUCCUGCUUUUCUAUGCCUUGGGUGUUGACGCUCCAACAUACGUCUUCAUGAGUGAGAUAUUCCCCAGCCACAUGAGAUCCAAGGGCAUGGCCGUUGCAGUUGCCAUAUAUGCAUUAUCAGCAAUAGUCUACCUGCAGGUCACUCCUCUCGCCGUUGCGAACAUCGGAUGGAAAUACUUUCUGGUCUUCAUCAUCAUCAUGGCCAUCGGGUUGGUAUGGAUGUAUUUCGAAAUAUUCGAGACAAAGCUUAUCCCCCUUGAGGAGAUGGCUGAGAAGUUUGGUGACACCGAUGCGGUGGUUGUGCAUCUGUCGGACGCCAUGGCUGAGGCAGACUCGAAGAGAAGCGCCGUUGAACACCAUGAGAGGCCCGGAGAAACGGACCAAAAAGAGGUUCAAGACAUGGCAUCUACAGCCUAA